CCCGUUCGAUUUAACGGAGUAUUACAAGUUCAAUGGCGAAGUACACAUGCUUGUGUGAUCCAAUUUCUUCAGUUGGAAGUCGAUAAGAAGAUCUUGUCCUAAUUAUUUCUAGAAAAAGCCGAUAGCACAAACUUAUAAAGCGCAAGCACAAUAACGAAGUUAUUCUCACGUUAUCAAUUUAAGCGAACCGUAAAAAUAUAAUUGAGCGCAGUUUAUUGAUAUAACGUCGUCAAAACGAUGACCGAAAUGAGUUUCGCGUUACGUGUGCUGUCUUUUGUCUUCAUAGUUACCCUUGGAGGUCGCCAUGUUCUCGCUAAAGAAUCAGAUAUCAACGGCACAACCAAAGCUCCCCCAGCGAACAGGAACCUUUGCAUGGAAGGUCAAACCACUGUUAAUGGAAAACGUAGCUGCAAAGGUAAAAUUGUGUUUCAAGAACUAUUCAGCGGGUUAUCGAACAAGUGGCGGCCAGAAAUAAAAUUUGCUGGUGAUCCGGAUUACGAAUUUGUACUCUAUAAAGCUAACUCCACAAACUUGUACGUCAAAGAUAACGCGUUACAUAUCAGACCAACGCUAUUGGAAGACACCUAUGGAGAAGGUUUCGUAACAGAAUCGAACGGACUCGAUUUGGGCAUCGUUUGCACCGGACUUUACGGUACCCUACAAUGCGUGCAAAGGCCCAGGGCAUGGAUAGUGCUACCUCCCGUCGUUUCAGCGCAAAUUUCAACCACCGACUACUUUUCGUUCAAGUACGGCAUUGUGGAAAUCCGUGCAAGACUUCCAGCCGGAGAUUGGAUCUAUCCCGAAAUUAGCCUAAUUUCCAGAAGCGAGCUGUACGGGCCGGGAUACGAAUCGGGACGCAUACGCAUCGCUGUAACAGGUGGAAGUAGCGAUCAAAAUCGUCAUUUGUUCGGUGGCUGCACUUUUGGGUACUCUGAAAUGGCCAGAAGGUUCGGUUAUAAACGGAUUGCGUCCAAAAAUCCUUGGUCAGACGAUUUCCACACGUUCAAAAUACAAUGGAAGCCAGACAGCAUCUCCUUCGGCGUAGACAAUCAAAUCUAUGGCACCGUUACACCGCCAUCAGGAGGAUUUGCUACGCUACAAAAUAUACUGCAAAUCGACCCUAUGGUAGCCGAAAGAUGGGAGGGAGGUACAGUACUGGCACCUUUCGAUCAAGAGAUGUUUAUUACACUGGGGGUUGGAGUUGGCGGGCAGAUGUAUCCCGACCUUCCCGAAGUAAACAAGCCGUGGAAUACGGACGAUCCCAAGGCGCAACUGCAAUUUUACAGAAACAAGGAGAAAUGGUACAAUACGUGGGGUGAUAAAAGCGAACUGGUGGUAGAUUACAUAAAAGUCUUUGCCAUUUAAGGAAAUAAAAUUUUUCAUAUUUAUUAAACCGCGUUACUUUCGUCAGUGAUAAGCGUGUAAGUGUAAUAAAGUGUGACGUAUUUAA